AAUAAUAAAUAAACUGCCUUCAAUAUAAUGACAACUUUCGUCUCUAGAAACCGGCAAAUUUCCUUGUUCGUCACUAUGCUUGCUUGGUCUGGCAGAUUAAUGUGAACGCCAAGCAGCCAUCUUUUUUUCUUAAAUGCCACUACCUUGAGUCCACUCUUCGUUUCAAUUCUUCUUCUUUCUCUGUUUACUUGUAUAAAAGAAGGGUCUUCCCUUUCUUGUCUGUUUCUUCAAAUCGCCGGCAUGUCCAACGCCUGUUCCCACCGGCAAAUUUUUCUUUCUCUAUGUUUCCUGUUCUGUUUCACCUUCCCUUGUUAUGUAAAAUCCGAUGAACUUCAAAUACUGCUGACGUUGAAAUCAGCUCUCAAUAAAUCAAGCACCGAUGUUCUCGAUUCAUGGGCGGCUACCGGUUCCGUUUGCAGCUUCAAUGGAAUCACCUGUGACGCUGGAGGGUCGGUUAAGGAAAUCGAGCUUUCGAGUCAGAAGUUGACGGGCGUUCUUCCUUUGGAUUCAAUAUGCCAGCUUCAAUCCUUGGAUAAGCUUUCCAUGGGGCACAAUUCAUUGUAUGGUGCGAUCACCGAGGAUUUGAAUAACUGUUCAAAGCUUAGAUAUUUGGAUCUCGGGAACAAUCCUUUCUCGGGUCCAUUCCCGGAUAUAUCAGCUCUCAGCGAGUUGCAGUACCUUUAUUUGAACGGCAGUGGAUUUUCGGGUCGUUUCCCAUGGAAAUCGCUAGAAAACAUGAACAAUCUUACUGUUAUGAGCCUGGGGGACAACCCUUUCGAUCGAACCCCGUUUCCGGAUCAAAUCGUGAAGUUGAAGAAACUGAAUUGGCUUUAUUUGGCGAAUUGCAGCAUUGAAGGGAAGAUCCCACCCGCCAUUGGAGAUCUCACCGAGCUUAAAGAUUUGGAGCUCCAAUUAAAUUAUUUAUCAGGUGAUAUUCCAUCGGAGAUUGGAAAACUUCGCAAGCUCUGGCAGCUGGAGCUUUACGCCAAUGAACUCACCGGAAAACUUCCUGCUGGAUUGAGAAAUCUGACAAGCCUGGAAUAUUUUGAUGCCUCGAGCAACCAUCUCGAAGGGGAUAUCUCGGAAGUGAAGUAUUUGACCAACCUGGUGAGCCUGCAGCUCUUUGAGAACCGGUUUAACGGUGGAGUACCGCCCGAGUUGGGUGAGUUCAAGAAGCUGGUGAAUCUGUCACUUUAUACCAACAUGUUGACUGGUCCCCUUCCUCAAAAGCUAGGCUCUUGGGCUGAUUUUGACUACAUCGAUGUAUCGGAGAAUCUCUUGACGGGUCCAAUUCCUCCAGAUAUGUGCAAAAAGGGAACCAUGAGAGGGCUCCUUAUGCUUCAGAAUCGCUUCACCGGUGAAAUCCCGACGACUUACGCGAGUUGUGCCACUAUGAAGCGGUUCAGAGUCAGCAACAACUCGCUUUCAGGCAUAGUUCCUGCCGGAAUAUGGGGAUUGCCCCAAGUGGAAAUAAUUGACAUUGCUUACAAUCGUUUUGAAGGUCCAAUUACAUCUGAUAUCAAAAAUGCAAAAGAGAUUGGGAUAUUGUCAGCUGAGUUCAAUCGGUUAUCAGGUGAGUUACCUAAAGAGAUUUCAGGAGCCACGUCUUUGGUUAAAAUUGAGCUAAAUGACAAUCAGAUGUCAGGAGAAAUCCCUGAUGGAAUUGGGGAACUGAAAGCAUUGAGCAGCCUUAAAUUGCAGAACAAUAUGUUCUCUGGUCCCAUACCAGACUCAUUAGGCUCUUGUGCUUCCAUCAGUAACAUAAACGUGGCUAACAAUUCUCUUUCGGGCAAAAUCCCGUCAUCUUUAGGUUCUUUGCCGACGUUGAACUCUCUGGAUUUGUCUCGAAACGAACUUUCGGGUAGAAUUCCAGAGAGCUUGUCGUUUCUCAGGUUGAACCUUUUUGAUCUGUCCUAUAACCGUUUAACCGGUCCUGUACCCCAGUCUCUUGCCGUCGAAGCAUAUAACGGUAGCUUGGCCGGAAAUCCAGGCCUUUGCAGUUCAACUAUCAAAUCUUUCAAGCAAUGUCCACCGGAUUCCGGAAUGUCGAAACAUGUUCGUACGCUUAUAGUUUGUUUGGCCGUAGGUGCAAUCAUGCUUGCUUCACUUGGAUGUAUCUUAUAUUUAAGGAGGAAGGAAAAAGAUCAUAACCGUUCAUUGAAGGAAGAAUCAUGGGAUGUUAAGUCUUUCCAUGUGUUAACUUUCACUGAAGAUGAUAUUCUUGAUUCUAUCAAGCAAGAGAAUCUUAUUGGGAAAGGAGGGGCCGGGAAUGUAUAUAAAGUUAUGCUUUCUAAUGGUGUAGAACUCGCUGUGAAACACAUAUGGAACACGGAUUCUCAUGGCCGCUGGAAGAGCCGGAGCAGUACCCCGAUCCUUGGCAGACGUUCGGGAAAGGAAAAGGAGUUCGAUGCGGAGGUACAGACACUGAGCUCAAUAAGACAUGUCAAUGUGGUCAAGCUUUACUGCAGCAUUACUAGCGAAGACUCGAGCCUGUUGGUGUACGAGUACUUGCCUAACGGGAGCUUGUGGGAUCGGUUGCAUACGAGUCGAAAAAUGGAGCUCGAUUGGGAUACAAGGUACGAGAUUGCAGUCGGUGCAGCUAAGGGACUGGAGUACCUUCAUCAUGGAUGUGAAAGGCCGGUGAUCCACCGGGAUGUCAAAUCGAGCAACAUAUUGCUGGAUGAGUUUUUGAAGCCUAGGAUUGCAGAUUUCGGACUUGCCAAGAUUGUCCAAGCCAAUGGUGGCAAAGACUCAACCCAUGUCAUUGCAGGCACCCAUGGAUAUAUAGCUCCUGAAUACGGUUACACAUACAAAGUAAACGAGAAGAGCGAUGUGUACAGUUUCGGAGUAGUAUUAAUGGAGCUAGUGAGCGGAAAAAGACCUAUCGAACCAGAGUUCGGAGAUAAUAAAGACAUAGUGUCUUGGGUUUCAAGCAAACUAAAGAACAAAGAGAGUGUUUUACGUAUAGUGGACCCUAGAAUCCCAGUUGCUUUCAAAGAAGAUGCUGUGAAGGUGCUGAAAAUAGCCAUUUUGUGCACGACCCAGCUGCCGGCACUUAGACCAACCAUGAGAAGCGUGGUUCAAAUGCUGGAAGAAGCUGAACCAUGCAAAUUGGUCAGCAUCGUAAUCAAUAAGGACGGUGAAGUGAAGAAAAAGGAAGCCAUGGAUUCUGCCGACCAGUUCAACCUAUAGUCCCAAAAUCCUGUAACAUUGCCAGCUAUUGUAAUAACCAUUUUUGUACCAUAUUGUAAAAUUGAAUCAGCUCUGAUCACUUGUGAAGUAUUAGCUAGAGUCCGUGAUAGUGGUAUUAAUUGUACGCUUUAUAUGAGACAAGAAAUGCCAGUUUUCUUCUCUCUUUUUUUUCAGAUGAAAUCUGCCAAAAACAAUAAACACUGUUAUCAUGAAA